AUGACUGGCAAGGAUAAACCGCACCGACUGCAGCAAUGGCAUAUUAUUGCUUUGUCUGCAAUCAUAAUUUCUAUUAUUGUUUUCAUUGCUUCAUUGGGUAUUCUGAUCAGCCUUCCCGCCAUGGUGGAGAAGAACAUCAGAGAAGUGAGUUGGUAAAGUUCUGGUAUUUCUUAAAUUUUUGGUUAUCUUAUUCAUUUUUAUUAUUAAAUAUUGUUCAAAAUUAUUCGAUUUCUUUUAUACAUACUUAGAAUUUUUCGAAUUAUAUUAAACAUGUUGAUUUAGGCAUCGAGCUUAACAAAAGGCAGUGAUCUGUUGGAUAAAUGGAUGAAACCUAAUUAUAAAAUUAAAAGGAUGAUAUCCACGUUUUCAGUAAAAAAUCCUGAUGCUGUAGUCAAUGGAAGUCGUCCCAUAUUAAUUAAGACUGGUCCCUACGUAUUUGAUGAAAAGCAACGCAGAGAAGUAAGUUCUGCUAAUUGUCGAUUUAUCUUUGAUAUUUACAGGUACUGUCAGGAGGAAAUGGGACAGUGAAAUUUAAAACGUACCAUACGUUUUUCUUUAAUGACGCAGACUCCUGCUCAGAAUGUUAUCUUCACAAUAGGGUCUGGGUACCUAACAUUAUAUUUCAGGUAUGAUUUUGUCGAUGAGCGUAAUUAGGUAUUGUUUAUUUUUUUAGAAGUUUGUUGAAGCAGCUACUAAACCUACCAUGAAAGCAGCUACGGCUGCAUUGUUGGUUCAAACUCCAUUUUUGGAAGUGGAAGUGUCAGAACUACUAUUUGACGGUUAUUCGGACCCAUUUUUGGAUCAAGUAUGUGCUAUUCCCUUCGUAAAUUUUAUCUGUGAAUCAAUAUUGGACCUUCCUGAACGUAUUGGUUUGUUAUAUGGAGUAAGUUUUUGAUAAUCUUUUAAUUUUUGUAAAAUUUAAAGUUUCUGUUAAAUAAAAAGCUAGCAUUUUUGAAAAGGAUAUUAAGAGAUCAAGAUAAACAUAUUCGUUCGGUUUUAGACCAAUAAUACGGCAACUGGGAUCUACGAGGUGGCUGAUGGUUAUAGUGAUGAUGGUGAAAGCUUAGGCAAAGUGAUAACUUGGAACUCUCACGACAUUUUACCUGAAACAUGGUGGUCUACAACCGAAGCUAGAUCAAUUAAAGGGACAGAUGGAGGCCUGUUUCAUCCUUUUGUAUCAAAAAAAGAACCCCUUAGAGUAUUUAGUGCGGAAUUAUGCAGGUAUCUUUUAUUUAUUUUUAACAUUUGUACAAUUGUACCUUUUUGCGAAUUUUAUCUUUACAUUUAUUGAAAUUUACAAACUAAUACUUCCGGUUGAAGCCCAUUUUGCUCAUUGUUUUCUAUUGUGCUUUUAUGUAAAUUUUGAUUUAUGUGUGAGAGGAUUACGGGCAUAGCUGAGUUAAUUGAAAAUUCCUAAAGUCUUUAAUUCCAGAACGAUUGAAUUAGUGUAUAAAGAAGAAGUAGAAUACGGAGGAAUCAUCGCUUAUCGUUACGUGUUACCAGCUUAUGUUCUUGACUACAACAAGAAAGGAAAUGAAGGGUUUUGCGUGGACACAGGGAAAAAAUUUUACCAAUCUCAAAACGAAACAUGUUUGCCUAAGGGCUUACUGGAUUUGUCGCGCUGUCAGAAAGGGGAGCCUCCAAUUGUCAUCUCAAUGCCCAAUUUCCUAUACGCUCCUGAUUUUGUGUUGGAAUCGGUCGAGGGAUUAGAAAAACCGGACCCAGACCGCGAUCAAAUUCAAGUCGAUCUGGAACCACGACUUGGUGCCGUUCUCAGGGCGCAACGCCGUAUGCAAGUAAAUAUUGCCAUGUGGAAUGGAAAGAACAUGUCUAUGCCGUAAGCUUAACUUUUUUGAGUAAAAAAGAGUUGCAGCGUAUAAUUUACUCAACUUGAAGAGUACAAAAUAUAUAAUUUUUAGCGGGUUGGAUCUAAAGAAAUUUUACAAUGCUGUAGUUCCUGUAAUAACGAUUGAAGAAGACAUUGAAAUUGAUGACGAAAACUUCCGAUUAAUUCGUCAGAAAUUGAUUGCCACAGAAGCAGCUGUCAAAUUUGCGGGUACGAGUGGAGUCAUCUUUUCGCUGCUAGCUGGUGUAAUGGUUGUUAUUUACAUAGGACACAGGGUAAGGAAUUUGCAUUCACAAAAUUAAAAGAUAUUUUGUUUCACAAAGAACUAAAACUAAAUUUAUUUAGACUGGCCGCAUUCGUAAAGUAGUUCGUCAAGUCACGAUCCGUCGUACCACAAUUAGAGAUGCCAAAGACUCAAAAUAUCCUAAAGUAGUAGAACAAUCCUCAAUUUAA